CUAGCUGCCUUCAAUCAAGCAUGCGCUUUUACAAGAAAAAGUUUUUGAUACAUUCAGUAUAAUUUCUUAAAUUUGUCAUUAUACAAAAUAAAUUAAAUGCACGGUAUCAGAAUCAGACACAAAAAGGUUAUAACACAAUAACAACAGUGCUUACAAAGAUUCGCAAUGUCUACACGAAGAGCUAGAAUAAAAGCUGUAGCUUCACUACCGGUGAGGAGAAAAAAUGCGGAUAGCCAAGUUAAAGAUGAAAAGCCUGUUAAAAGUCCAAAAACACCACGACCACAGGCUUUACUAGAUGAAGCUGCUAAAAUAAAAACUCCCGUGAAUAAAAUUGCUUCGCCUGUGCAACAGCCGCAAGAACAAUCUAAAAGAGAUACUCCAAAACCUGCAGAGCCCAUUCUAUCACCGCCUCCUAAAAGCUUACCAACGCCAGAUGUUAUAAGAACUCCGAAACGCAGUGAAAAAGUGCCUGUUAUCACCUCAAUAUCACGACAGAGUUCAAACACGUUUGCCUCACCAUUGAGAUGGAGCAGCCCUGCUAGAAAAGCUGUGCCAUCACCAGUCAGGAACUCUCCGCAACCCAGAAUAUCUUCAAUAAUUACCGAGGUCAUAUUUGAGAGACUUGAUUCUCCAAACAGUGUUCAAAGCAAUCCGGAUACUACAGAAAAACAAAAGAAUGUGGUUCCUAAUGCAUUGGAAAAAGUGGUUCAUAAGAAUGUUAUACAGAAGCUUGAAACUACAGAAGAUUACAACCCACCUAGCAUUCCCGAGAGCAUCACAGACGAUACAGGCAUGGAUGGUAUCAUUCCCCUGCAGCCAACCCGCAGUGCACCCAAACCUCUAGAUUUGCUGAAGAAUGAGAUCAUAUCAGAGAAUGCUCAAGUGCUAUUUGAUCCUAUAGUUCCACUGCCAUCUCCAAGCAAAGUGCGUCCUAAGCUUCGACCUGCGCCCAGACUUGCACCUCAUCGGAGGAAUAGUGUACAAGGUAGUGCGAGUGAGUCCGAGGACGAGAGUAGACGAGCGCUGCUCAACAGCGGCGCGCCGACGACGGUGCCUACACGACAGCGACAUGACUCCCACACUUCGCAUAGUACCCUGCAUUCCUUACCUAAUAGGGAGGUCAGCCGCGUACGGAAUGAUUCUGUGUGCUCAGGUGUGAGCCAGCUCACCGCGCCGCCGCCCGCAUCGCCGCUUAAAGAGCGCCAUGUUACUAAAUGCCGUCGUCAAGAAAUGUCGCGCCGCAUCGCCGCCAUGCGCAGACGGCGGGACCCGGUCAAGCGAGACGCGCUCACCAUGUACGACCUCAUCUUCUACAACCCCACCACCAACCCCAUUGUCCCAGACCAAGAUGAGCUGAAAGCCAAGGAAGCCAACCAGAAAGACGAAGAAGAGAGGAAGAAAGUGCCCGUCGAAGAAGAUCCGGAUGAUCCAGACGACCCGCCGGCCGACGCCGCGCCAGUACCACAGAUCAAACUGGGACCUAAUGGGGAGAUCAUGUUGGAUGAACAGAGCUUGGUUAUUAAACAAACCGACAGCAACCGCAAGCUAUCAUCAUCAGUGGUCCGCGAGGGCGCGUGGGGCGGCGGCGGCGGGCGCUACUCGCGUGCGGCGCGCACGGCCGACUGGAGCGAGGCCGAGACCGUACGCUUCUAUCGAGCGCUCGCUGCUGUUGGGACGGACUUCACGCUCAUGGCGCCGCUGUUUCCUGACAGGAAUAGGAGAGAUCUUAAGAUAAAAUUCAAAAAAGAAGAAAGACUAAACGGUGCGCAAGUAGACAAAGCAUUGCGCUCGCAAACAGCCUGGGACGCCGUAGGCCUCGAAGACGUGUUCUCACGGGAACGCGAGGCCGCCGCGGCCCGUGCCGAGGCCGAAAGAGAACAACUGCAAGCGGCAAGAAGAGCGCAGCGGGAGCGAACAAGGGCCUUGCAACACAUGCGCGUCAGGAACAGUCGUGGAGCAAGAGCUCUAGAAAUAGUUCCGGAACCCGCAGCUCGCGAGCUCACCACCGCCGACGACUUCAUACAGCACGCGCUCGCCUCAAAACCGCGCAGAAAACGCAAAACACCCGACCCGACCGCCACUCCCAACCAGGACAGCCCGCAGUUAAAAAACACCCCGAAAAUGCCACCUCUCACCAACGUCACCAAAAUAGACCCGCCAACAUCACAAGUACCUCCAAACAUCGAGGCUGGCUCAUUAGUGGUCCUAACAGUCAACGAUCCAAAGUCACCCACAAAGAAGAUGCUACAGACUUACAUCUCCCGAGGCGCGGGCCAGUUAACUCCAGUAGCCUUACCGCCUAAUUUACUUAAUUCUGUCAUGGGCUAUGUGAAGAAAGGAACGCCUAGAAGCAACGUGUCGUCUGCAUCGUCACCCCUGUUGUCGCCUGCAAGUGUUGCCAGUGCGGAUAGUAGGACCAGUGCUAGUAAUGUAACUAGUGUUAUACAAGUGAAUCCGAGCCCUUAUAAGAGACAGAGACACAGUUCUUAUACUAUUACGCAGCUUUAGUAUUAAGUUUUAAUUUGUUUGCUUUUAAAUAUUUAUACCAUUUUGUGUACACGGAAUCGUGAUCAUGUUUUAACUUAUGAGGUCUAUAAAUAUUACAAUUAUGGACAAAUUGCUUGAACCGAAUAUAAGGAAUAUUACAUUAUUAGGAAUAUUUAUUACUAAUGUCCAUUUUACCAUUUUUAAUUGGAUCUAGCUAAGAAAUGAAAUCUUUUUGUAUAAUAUGAAACAGAUGCCUACGCGACAGGAUACGCGAUAAUACGAUGUUUUCAUAUCUAUACUUGCAGCCAGGAACAGAAGUGUUCAAAUCAUUUUGAACACCUAUUCCGCUUUAGCCACUACCGCUGCUGUAUUUGCUGGCACGUCGGUCACCACCCUAUGAAAAUUCAUUUUUAGGGUUCCGUACCCAAAGGGUAAAACGGGACCCUAUUAAUUACUAAGACUCCGAUGUCCGUCUCCGUCCGUGCAUUAUGGUACGGAACCCUCGGUGCGCGAGUCCGACUCGCACUUGCCCGGUUUUAUAGAAGCAGCUGUCAAGUGUUUUUUUUUUAAAAGCUCAUUAUUUUUUUUAGAAAUGCAACAUUUAAGUGUUAAAAAUACAAUAUAAAAAUAUAUUUUUCCAUUAUUUUUAAAUUAAACCCAUCCAAAAGCGAUUUGGAUGAUUUAUGAUGAUUUAUCAUUCGACGCGCCAGGUAUAACAGUAGUUAUGCCUUGUG